UGUACCGCACGUCCAUCAUUUUUUCCACGGUCAUUUUUAGAUUGUCAUUGUUCCCGUAUGCGUCGCUUUUGGUAUCUUGAACCACUACAUCUAUGAACAGUUGAGAACUCACACACCUUGGAAGCUGAUUGCGAAGCCAAUCCUUCACUCAAGAGAGUACACACAGUAUGAAAGCCCCGAAGAAGCUAAACUCAUGAAUUUUGAGAUCAUCCAUGUUUGGAUGCUCGCGCUUGAGAAGAAUCUGCUCUAUCCUUUGGUGGCUAUGGCUGUUCUAACGGAAUGUGGGUGGUAUCUUCCAUGGGCGAGAUUCAUAGCCCCUCUCAUUGUGCUCCGCUUCCUGCGUGGUGGCUUUUCUCAUCCGCAGCUGAUCUACGUUCCAUUGGCUCUUGCAUUCACGCUAACUCGUUUUGACUGGAAGACUGGAUUACCCUUUGGACUUUCCAAUGAAAUUUCACCCUCUACGGUAUUUCCUCUCGUGCUGUACCUGCUCAUCGUCCUCUAUCCUAAAUGGCUUGAGCUCUAUCUAAAAAUGAGCUUUGUUAUGGCUUACGUGGCUCCAUGGCAAAUUAGUUGGGGGUCUGCGUUUCAUGCUUUUGCCCAGCCGUUUUCCAUACCACACUCGGCUCUAAUAUGGACGCAGACGGUCGUUUCGAGUCUCAUCAGUGCUCCUCUGAAUCCAUUCCUAGGCUCAUCGUUCUUUACUACGUCUUAUGUCCGUCCGGUGAAGUUUUGGGAGAGAGACUACAACACAAAGCGCAGCGAUGCAUCGAACACAACCCUUGCUUCGCAGAUUGAUCGCGGACCAAUGUUGGAUGACAGUAAUCUGAAUGCAGUUUUCUAUGAACAUCUUACGAGAAGCUUACAAAAAAGCUUGGCUGGUGAUUUGCAAAUGGGUAGAUGGGCAACGAGUGUUCAACCGGGUGAUUGCUUCAUCCUAGCAAGCUUUUAUCUGAACUGUCUGGUACAUAUAAUCGAAGUCGGAAACGGCUUUGUCACUUUCCAACUGCGUGGGCUUGAAUUUCGUGGAACCUACUGCCAUCAAAGAGAGGUCGAAGCCAUUUCGGACGAUCAAACGCAAGGAACUGGAUGCUGUUGUUGUGCUCCUGGCUCCUUACCCGGAUUUUUGUCGCUGAACACUGCAUGGAGUUUACGCUGGUUAGCAUGGGAGGUUGUUACCGGGAAGUACAUCAUUGACGGUUACUCAAUCACUGACAACUCAGCUGUAAAUCUGCUGCAAGUGCAUGAACUUCGACGUUUUCUCGUAACACUCUAUGUGAAAUGCAUAGUGUAUUAUGCACUCGCUUCGAACAAACUUCAGAGUUGGCUAUCUAAUGAAACUGUGCACGCUACCCUAGAACCUAUAGUAACGAAUCCACACUAUGCGGAUGUAGACCAUUUAUUUUGUUCGACCAAUGAUGAGGAUUUUGACAUGAACAAAAUGGGUAUCUCUCGGAGCAGUUUUACUGAAUGGUACUCAUUAUGGAUAGCACACUGCAUACAUAAGCGAAGCGAACGGAAUCCGGACGAAGAGCUGUGGGUUGUUUUUUUGCUACUGCUUUCACGUUUUUGCUUCAUGUAA